GGCAGUGACUUCCCCUUACAUUCGAAGUCGAUCAUGGAGGGCAAAAACGUCAUGUGAAGCUGAGUUCCGCAUCAUCAGUUAAGCAGAGAAAGUUUGUGACCUGCAUCUUUAAACAUGAAUGGUCACGUAAUUCCUGGGACAUGUAUUGCCGUUGACUUUUGGCAGAUUAAAAAACACCCUGGCAUCAAGUAUUUUUUUCUGACCCAUCUUCAUGGCGAUCACAUUGUUGGCUUAACCUCUAGCUGGAGGCAUCCAAUCUACUGUUCCCCACUCACAGCACAGCUGCUGUCUGAAAGAUAUGAUAUUGAUCCUUCAUUGAUACGAGUACUUGAAAUUGAUUCAUCACACCUCAUCUACCCUGGCUUGGAGCAUCAUGGAGUAUUUUGGCCAAAUACUUCUUUAUCUCCUAAAUUGCAUCAUAAUGAAGAUAGGAAAAAAGUCACUUCUGACUGUGGUGAUGCAAAGGAAAAAAUGAAAACUUUCGAAAGCUUUUCUGUAACUGUAAUUAAUGCGAAUCAUUGUCCAGGAGCUGUCAUGUUCCUUUUUGAAGGAUAUUUUGGAAAAGUUCUCUACACUGGUGACUUUCGAUACAAGCCAGACAUGGUUAACGAAGGAUCCUUGCUUGCUGACCAUUUGGAGAAAAUUGAUGUUCUUUAUUUGGAUAAUACAUACUGCAGCCCUGAGUGCAUGUUCCCAGGUAGGCAUGAAGCUCUUGAAGAAAUAAUCUGCAUUGCCCAGAAGCACAAGGACUGUGAUAUUUUAAUUGGCCUGCGAGGACUAGGGAAGGAAGAACUGGUGGCGGCAGUGGCUGUGGCACUUAAAGAGCGGGUAUGUGUUCCUCCAAACAUGAUGUCUGUGAUGACUACUUUAAAGUUUCCUGAUGUCUUUGUUACUGCCAGGCCAGAGCAGCGCAUCCGAGUGGUGCCAUUUCAUUCCAUAUCAGCAAAAUCAAUGAGAGCUUACAAUCAAGUAAAAAGAACAAUUGCCAUAUUGCCUUCUGCCAUAUUUUCAGGGAUAAAUGGGAUACCCUUCUCAAACCAACGUGAUGUGUACAUAGUGCCUUACUCUGAUCACAGCUCAUUUCCAGAACUUGUGCAAUUUGUAUCAAAGGUAAAACCAGCAUCUAUAGUGCCUAUAGUUGGCAAGACAUCUAGAGGACCUUUCGGGGUGUCAGUUGCAAACAGAGCAGAUAUGUCCUGCUUUAAGAAGUUUCUCAGCAAACAUUUGCAGAAGUUUCAAAGACAUGAAUAUCCUACUAUUGACAGUUAUGUUGUACAGAUGAGGCUAAAUUUUGAAAAAUUUCAAAGCUCAUUCCCCACUCACAAUAACAGUUCAAGGAAAAGAAAAUUGAAAAAUAAGCAUUCUUCCUUAAAGAAACGCAAGAUCAUGAUGGGUGUUCAUUAUGCAUCAGAUGAUGAAGCAACAACCAAUACAGAGACAAAAGAAUUUGCUAAAACACAUAAACAUGAACACAGCUUUAGCAACUGGGCUGGAAAGACAGUCAUCAGCUUAGAAGAUUGUGAAAUCAUCGAUAAUAUAGGAACAUCAGACAAGAACACCCCAAAAAAUAUAAAUGAAAACAAAACUAAUGCAUCAAGCAGCCAGAGACAAGAACAUCUAUCACCUUAUUUUAAAAAAGUGACAGGUUUUGAGUGUACAAACCCCAAAAAUAAAACCUCUGGUACUACGAGUAUGAUUUCAGUCAUCACCACAAAAUCCAUGCUAUUUGUAAACAAAUGUAAUGCAUCAAACAACAGUAAAUCUGACAGUGGUGCAAGGGCUGCUUUACCUUCUUUAUCAUCAGACAAAACGGUAUCGAUCAAUCUGCAGCCGGCACCUGUGAAUACUGAACUAGAUGUUUUAUCUUGUGAACUUUCUAAUGGGUUUUCUGUACAGGACCAAGUGAAUGUUGAUGGUAAUAUCUAUAGUUCAGACACUUCUAAAAUCAUGCAGUGUUGCAAAAUGCAAAGAACCCAGUGCCAACUUAUUCAAGCAAGCAUUAGCGCAGGAGAACUCUUGAAGCUAAAGCCAAGAGUUGCCAGCCUUACUGAUGCAGAAUUGAAAAAAUUUAUGAAUGUUGACAGCAUGCUUGUUACUGAUCCAAUUAUCAGGAGAAAACUGAAAAAAACCAAGAUUCAUUGAAAAGACUUCUUAUAUUCUGCCAAUAUAAUAAAUGGUUAUUUGUAUGCAG